AUGUCCACCACGUCCAGCUGGGACGACAGCGUGAAGAUGAACAACCCGACCUCGUCCGCCACGACACCGUCCACCGGCAAUACGGUGCAGACCGAGUCGACCAAAUGUGGCGGCAGUUACGGCGAACCGUCCUCGCCGAUCGCACUGGAGGCAGGCGUGUGUCCACCGAUCAAGGUCGCGACAGACGGCGAGUCACCGUUGCAAAGGCCGGCGACGCCACCACGAUCGUACCAUUGCGGGUGGUUUGCGCUGCGUCCCCGAUGGAUGGAGCGGUUCAUGACGCCCAAGUGGGCCCUGUUUUGGCUGUGCUGGGCCGGUGCCGUCCAAGGUUUGAUCGUGAACGGUUUCAUCAACGUUGUCAUCACGACCAUCGAGCGGCGGUUCGGUUUGCGUUCGACACAAACUGGCCUGGUGGCCAGUGGUUACGAUAUUGCGUCCUUUCUGUGUCUUGUGCCGGUGUCAUACUUUGGCGGACGGCUCGGCGCGUCCAAACCACGGUGGAUCGGGUGGGGUGUGGCGGUGAUGGGACUCGGUGCGUUCGUAUUCGCAUUGCCACACUUUCUCGUCGGACAGUACCGGGCAACCAACUCGGACCAGAACGUGUGUACGUUGGCGACGUUGCUGACCAACAGUACAGGUGCUUCCGUGGAGGCGCUAACAGAGCUUACAGGUUGCAGCCAUGACACGGUAUUGCCACUGGCAAACGGUGGACAACCAUCGACAUCGGACGGUGAAAACUUGUCCUGGAAUGUGUGGUUCUUCUUUACCGCCCAGCUACUGCUCGGUGCGGGUGCAUCACCGCUGUACACCCUCGGCGUUACCUACAUCGACGAGAACGUCUCGAAGAAAAUGUCUUCCGUGUAUUUAGGUAUUUACUACACAAUGGCCGUUGUUGGACCGGCUGCCGGUUAUGUCAUCGGUGGACAGUUGCUGCUCUUCUACACGGACAUGUUCGUCGUCGAUGCUACCACACUCGGUCUAACGCCACACAGCAAGGUGUGGGUCGGAGCCUGGUGGGUUGGGUUCGUUUUCAUGGCAGCGUUCUGCUUGCUGUUGGCCAUCCCCAUCCUAGCCUAUCCGCCCGCCCUGCCCGGUUCGGAAAAGCUGCAGAAGGUGUCGGAAGCACACCGGGGUGGUGAUGAUGGUGAGGGCGAGCGGAACCAGGAAGCGUUCACCAAGAUCAAGCAGAUUCCACGGGCGCUGCUUGCGUUGCUACGCAACCCGACGUUUUUCUUUCUCAACCUGGCCGGUGCAUCCGAGGGGCUGGUCAUUUCCGGGUUCGCCGUGUUCCUGCCGAAGCUGAUCGAGAAUCAGUUCAGCGUGACGGCGGUAUGGUCGGCGCUGCUGAUGGGAAUAAUAACGGUACCUGCCGGUGGUGGUGGAACGUUUUUGGGCGGCUAUCUUGUGAAAAAGCUACACCUGUCCUGCUCGGGCAUCAUCAAGUUUUGCCUGUUUGCCACAAUAUUUGCCGCCCUGUUUACGGUGUGCUUUUUCCUAUCCUGUCCGAAUCUCACCUUUGCCGGCGUGACGGCGCCCUACUUUCCGCACGAAAACCUCGACAGUCCUUACGCGCACUCGACGGAGCCGCGCGAUCUGUACUAUCUGCCCAAGAAUCUGGACAACGCGUGCAAUGACCGGUGUGCCUGCAGUCGGCGUAACUACGAACCGAUCUGCGGUGCGGACGGGAUCAUGUACUACUCGCCGUGCCAUGCCGGGUGCAGCGAGGAGAUCAAUCUGGAGAACGCCAAAGUGUACCGGGACUGUACCUGUAUUAAUGCCACGUUCCACGGCGAGGCAGGACCGUUGUACGGUGGAGGAAGCUACGAUGCGGUCAACACGAUGUGUCAGUCGCAGUGCGAUCAUCUGUGGAUUUUCGUGGUACUCUGCUUUCUGGUGAUGUUUUUCACCUUCCUGGCCACGAUGCCGGCCCUGUCGGCGACGCUCCGCUGUGUCCACGAUGAUCAACGAUCGUUUGCGCUUGGAAUACAGUGGAUAAAGGUCCGGGUACUUGGCACGAUCCCAGCCCCAAUGAUCUUCGGACGGCUUAUCGACGAAACGUGCAUCUUGUGGCAGGAGUCGAGCUGUGACGAUCAUGGCGCGUGUUUGGUUUACGAUAAUGCGUUCAUGAGCAAGUACAUGUUACUACUAGCUCUAAUCGGCAAGGCGUGCUCCAUACUGUUCUUCUUCGGUGCCUGGUUCUAUUACAUCCCGCCCAAAGUGAUCACCAACGGCGAUACACACCAACAGCAGGACACCGCAAACCAAAAACUAACCUCAAACGGUCACAUAAACCCAAUCACAGUGGAAAAGUAUUGA